GACCACUCUUGGCAUAAGACCUUUGGGGGGAUUAGCAGGGGUCCUACCUGGGCGGCCUUUCGGCAUCAGUCGGCAUCCAGAGCGCUUGCGCUUGAGCGUAAGUUUGAUCCUGAGUUUCUCAUCUUUUCCCCAGUCUUUCCUUUUUCCACAAUGACGACUCGUGAAUUGAUCAUCCUCUUUACUCUGACUAGCUUUCACGAAUGUUGUUUUUCUUUGAUGCAGGUAUAUAGGCGAAAGCCUGAAGUGGAACUCCGUUCAAGUUCAUUCCAUUUGUGCUAUCACGUCUGACAUUAGUGGCACCGUUACACUAGAAGCUGGAGACCGCUUUACCCAUACGUCUUGAAGACAUCAGAUCACUCUCCGCGGAAUAGAGGGCCUACUUGGCAUCCAUUACGUAUGCAUAUGUCGCAGCCUCUUACCAAGGACGGCCGACUACUCAGUGGAGCACAACCGUUAUGCAUUAGAAGCUUACAGUGUGUCCAUGUCGCGGUGUUGUAGGUGUCGUCACACACUCUCCAACUCUGGUAUACGCCACGUCCUUCGAUCUGCGCCCUUGGCUGACAGGUUAUUACGGUCAUGAACCUCGGUCUUGCACCCAACAUGCUAUUCCAUGAAUUAAUUAGUGCAUUAUUCGGUACCCAUUGAUUGUUCCUUGGAACCUCACUCCUUUUAUCCAAGAGAAGAGGAGGAUUGAGAUAUUUAUCAUACGAUUUUAUCCUACGCGCCCUCCCCAGCUGAGCCUGAGCUUAAAGCAGUCGAACGAUGGUUAUCACGGUGUGGAACCUUAUUCUGUGUACCGCCUGUAGCUUAACCUGCAGAACCUUUCUUUAGCGACCAGCUAUCGAAUUUUGGUUGGAAUCGGGAAGUUUAUCGACCCCCCGACAUACUUCCGGCUCGGAGAGUAUAAAUCAAAGAGGGCAACGCUCAAGUUCUUUCGCUGAACAAAGUCCCCUCCUUUCCUACUCGACAUGUCCUUGGUCCACUUCGUAAUUCCUUCCGAGCAACGUUACCUUGUCCGUCCCCUUCGUCCUACAAGAUGCGAAGGCCGGGACGUCAUUUUGUAUCCUCCAACCGAUACGCUUGUUCUUUCCUUCACGAUGCACGGUGCAUGGGUAUUGCCAGCCUUCAUCGACGUCGAGCGGUUUUGCGUUGCUGUUGCAAAGACUCUUAGUAUACUCCCAGGUGUAGCUGGUCGACUGUGCAAACUCCCAGAUACUGGCGGAAAGAAGGGAGAUAUUUACCUUCGUCUUACGAAUUCUGGGGUCCCAGUUUCGGUUGUUGAUGAUUACACAACUGAACGGUUCCCUAUGGGACAUGUUUUGGUGGAUCCUGAAGAGUUCGAACCAUGGGUAGAUCCCAUUCCACUCCCAAGUGUUGUUGACGAGGACGAACCUCUAUUCCGAGUUCGUCUCACCAGGUUACACAAGUCAGGGCAAAUGAUCUACACAACAUGUUGGUUGCACGCCCUAGGCGACGGUUAUAUGGCGAGCCUUGUCGGAACGUACAUAUCGACCUUCUAUCGUGGCGACAGUGUUGAACGUCUCCCUCUGCCAUCGAUGGAGAAGGUUUUCUUCCCUCCCCCUCCUUCAGAUCCAGCUAUGGCAGCGAAGUUCCUUCCGCUCAUGAAACAUCUUAGGGAUGCCAGAAGCCCUGAAGAACUCAUUCCACUAAUGCUCGAGAGUCAGGAAAGGACAGUUCCCAUCAACCUCCCCUUCUCCGCUUCGCAGAUCCAGAGACUAGCAAAGCGUGCAAGUAUGGCAACUGCUGAUCCAGCUAUGUCAAGACUCUCCAAAGUCCAUGUUCUCAUGGCGUACAUUGUUCUGCAAUACAAUCGGGCAGUUAGAGAAGUUCGUCCUGGGCACGAACUUGUAGAUACCGUCGUCAAUACCUUGGACUACCGCGGUAAUCCCCAGUUCGCGCCGGUCGCCAUGUUUGGCAACGCCGCCAUCACAUUAACCUGUCCAUCCUUCACUCUUCCAUCCCUGCCCGAGAACGCAGGUCCUCGUGAACAAACUAUCCAUUUCUAUCGCUGUCUCGCAGUCAUCGCUUCAAGCAUUCGAGCGGGAUCGCUACAGGCACGCAAUCCUGAGUUCCUCGAACCCUAUCUGGCGUUCCACAAUGAUCUAUGUCGGACGGCAUACCAACAGGGCUUCUAUCAAUACCUACUACCAGCCAACGAUCGCGAGAUGACCUUCAACUCUAGUCAUCAGGUUGACUGGAGAAGGGCGGGAGAUUUCUUCACAAAGGACUCCGAGUUCGCUGAUUCCAAAUAUACACGUUUCCACUCGAGCGCUGUCAUCGAACGCUAUGUCCGUAUCUUCCCUGCUAAUCCGAUUUGGAAAGAGGGCAAGGAUAGGCAUACAGGCGAAUGGGAUCUUACGUACGAUGGAGGGCUGGAGGUCGCAUUUCGCUUGGAUAGGUCUAUUGCUGCUUCCUUCCAGGAGGCGGUACGAAGAGACCUCGAGCUAGGCUUUGACCAACCACUUGCUUCUUUGUAGACUGCUCGAUAUCCUGUUCGUGGGUUCAAUAUUGAUCGUGGGACUCUCGCCUGACCUUUCAUAGUUUCUAUCGCUGGGCUGUUAUGCUUUCCCAUUCAUACAUCGCUUACACGACGUUCCUUAAUCAAUUUCACACCUCCCUUUCUUUUUGAGUUUCACCCCAACCACUAACCAUAGCACAAGUCUCUGCUGUAGAGCUCUGGUGAUAUGCUAUGGUCAUGCGAUAUGAUUUUCGUGACAAUAUUUCAGGUAAUUGCCAAUGGAAAGUGUCAGAGA